AUGUUGUUCCUUCUUAUACUUAUUUCCUAAGCAUUUGCAGACUAAUUAGUAUUAUCGUAAAUUUUAUGGAGACACGGUGCUCGUACUCCACUUCAUUGUAAUUGGAAAUGCGAAGAAUUUAAGUAAUAGGGGAUGUUGAAUGGGUACUUGACAGCCACCGGAAUGAGACAACAUUUUGUUUUGGGAUAAUGGUUGAGAAAGAGAUACAUUGAGGACUAGAAAUUUUUGAGUUAGAAUUACAAUGAGGCAGAAAUCUACAUUGAGAGCACAGAUGUAAAUCGAACGAUAAUGAGUGCAUUGAGCAAUCUUUAAGGCAUGUAUCCAUUAGGAACAGGUCCAAAAGUAAAUCCGAAUCUUGAUCACUCCUAUCUACUUCCUCCCAACGAAAUUACUUUCGAAGAUUUGGGAAAUGAAGCCAUUCCUGGGUUAUUGCAAGUAGUUCCCGUUCACGUAAGAGAGAAGAAGGCAGACAUCUAUUUAAGAGGAUAUGAUCCCGUGGCUUGUCCAAGAAAUGAAGAAAUAAUUAACAGCAAUGUCAAUUCUAAAUUGUACCAUGAAAUCAAUCUCAAGUCCUAAUCCUUAAUAUUGGAUUUAGCAGAACAACUUGGAAUCGAUGCAUCCCUAUUAAAUAUCACAGAUUUAUACGAAUAUCAAGACACAUUCGAUUCUUGUGAAUUCAAUGGGUACUCGCUCCCCAAACUCAAAGAAAGCACUAAGGCUUAGAUGAAACUCCUCCAGUAUUUGUACUUCUCUCUUGAGCAUAAUAUAGACUUUGAUUAAGCUCGUCUUUUGGCCACUCCAUUCUUUACCAAAGUCUUGGACAAUAUGGAGAAUGUGUUAAACAAACUAACAAAGCACAAGUUCAGAAUUUUCUCUGCUCAUGAUACAACUGUUGAACUGAUUUUGAAUGCUCUUAAUUUAACAACUGUUGAGUGUCUAAAACAAGUGUAUUUCAAAUAGGAAGUAUCGAAUAAGAACUGCAUCUACACCUUCCCAGGCUAUGCUAGCAAUAUUAUAUUUGAAUUGUAUAAGAAGCAGGGAUUAGAGGAUCAGUAUUAUGUUUAAGUCUUAUAUAAUGGCACUGUGAUGCCAAUUUGCAAUAAUAAAUACAAGUGUGAUUAUGAAGAAUUCACUUCCAUUAUUCAAUUACAAAAUGUAAAGAACUAUGAGGAGGAAUGCUGGUUAACUCCCAAAAUUCAAAAAGAAAUAGCCACUUGGUUAGUUGUAGUCAUUAGUGUUGCAUUAACUUUGUUGUUUGUGUUCUCCAUAUGCAUUAUUUAUUUAUCGGUAAGACAGAAAAGAUUGGACUAAUAUGUAAAAGGAGUUUAAUAAUUUGAAGCUUGA